AUGGGUUGCUUAUAACCAAAAAAACUUAAUAAGAUAGUGGCUAUGCAAACAACAAAUAAAGAUCUUGUAUUCACUUCAACUGCAGAUAUUCAUAAACUAUAUUCAUUUGGUAAAGUUUUAGGGAUUGGUGCUUUUGGCAAGGUAUUAGUAGCAAAAAUGAGAAAUAACAAUUCUAAAUAAUAUGCAAUAAAAAUGAUAGAUAAAAGAAAAGUAAGAGGAAGAGAAGCAAUGUUAGCUAAUGAGAUCUAUGUUUUAUAGAAGUUAGAUCAUCCAAACAUAAUAAAAUUUUAUGAAGUUUAUCAAAAUGAAUUAUACUUUUAUAUAAUAAUGGAUUAUUGUGAAGGUGGAGAAUUGGUUGAACAUAUACAAAAAAGUUAAAAAAACUUAAGUGAAGGUCAAGUUUAGAAUAUAAUAUUUAAAGUAAAUAUUCCAUGUUACCUGAGAUAUGUUCAGCAAUUAUGUAUAUUCAUGAAUAAGGGAUUAUACAUCGUGAUAUAAAACCAGAGAAUAUAUUAUUUUCAACAAAAGAUCCAAUUGCAGAACCAAAAUUAAUUGAUUUUGGAUUGGCUAUAAAAUUUGACUCGAGCAAUCUAAAGUAUUAAGAAUUAAAAAUAUAUUAGACAAUUAAAAGCUGCAGUAGGUACUCCAUUAUAUUUGGCACCUGAAGUAAUUGAAGGUAAAUAUAAUGAAAAAUGCGAUGUUUGGAGUUUGGGUGUUUUACUAUUUCAUUUAAUAUGUGGUUAUCCACCAUUUUAUGGUAAGAAUAGAUAAGAAUUAUAUGAAAAUAUCUAAUAUUAAAAUGUAUAGUCUAAUAUAUAUAAAUUGUAGUUGAUAUUUGAUAGGAGACAUUGGAAUAAUGUUAGUGAGGAAGCUAAAGAUUUGAUCAAAAAGAUGUUAAUUAAGAAUCCAAAUAUUAGACCAAGUGCAAAGGAUUGUCUUCGUCAUUCUUGGUUCCGUAGAAAAUUUUAAAAUCCAGUUAAAUUGUAAAGAGGAAGAAGUACAAUAAUUUCAAUAAAGUCACCUUAAUCUGAUGAUUAAAGAUCAAUUUACUAGAUGCUUAAAACAUUCAGAAUAGGUGCUAAAUUUAAGAAAGAAGUAAUGAAAGUGUUAGUCAAUUAAAUGAAUGAAAAAGAAUUAGGGAGAUUAAAAUAAGUGUUUUAAAAAAUAGAUGUUGAUAAUUCAGGAACUAUAACUGUAUAAGAAUUAAAAGAAGCAUUGAUGGAAGAGGUAUUGAUUUAUUUAAUAUAUCUAGGGAUCACAUAUAAGUCAUGCGGAAAUUGAAUAAUUGAUAUAACUUGUAGGUUUUGAAGUUUUAGAAGAAGAUAAAGAUGAUAAUGAUGGUGCAUCAACUACUAAAUCAACUAAACCACUUGUUAUUAAAUAUAGUGAUUUUCUAGCUGCUUGUAUUGAUGAACGUAGAGUAUUAACUAGAGAAAAAGUAAAUUGUAUUAUUAUUAAAACUUAGUUAUGGUCUGUUUUUAAAUAUUUUGAUACUUAAGCAUUAGCAAGACAUGGUAGAUAAUUGUCAGAUGAUAAAAUUGAAUAAUUGAUUUUUGAAAUUGAUCCUAAUCAUGAUAACAAAAUUAGUUUUACAGAAUUUUGUCAAAUGAUGGGUGUAGCUGGAAUAGAACAAACUAUGGAUUUUAAGGAUGAAAUUAAAGAACCACUGAUUUUUUAACAAGCUCAAGAAUGA